CAACACAUUUAAAACUUCUGUGCAGUGCGCAGGUCGCUUUGCUCAGAAAAAUAUAAAAUCUUUCUUUCAAUGUUGCGUCAUCCACAUGUUCUGUUUGAAGUGAAAUAAGACGUGAAAUAAUUUGUUAGGGUACAUAAAAAUAACUUAAAAAUGUUGUCCGCUACGCGGGUGAUGGGUCGUAAGGCCUUCCAGUGCUCUGGUUUAACUGCAGACAUUACGCACAGGAAUUUUUCCACAAUUCUCAAAAAUGUUGCAUCACCCACAGUUCCUAUUUACCAACGCCAUGCGGUCCAGUACAGGCAUAAGUCGGAAGGUGUGCGUGGGGCAGUCAUUGGUAUUGACUUGGGCACCACUAACUCAUGUGUUGCGGUCAUGGAGGGCAAGACUCCCAAGGUUGUGGAAAACAGCGAAGGUUCUAGAACAACGCCGUCGCACGUCGCGUUUUCCAAAGAUGGCGAAAGAUUGGUCGGUAUGCCCGCGAAAAGACAAGCUGUUACUAACAGUGGGAACACGUUUUAUGCAACUAAAAGACUGAUUGGAAGACGCUUCGACGACCCUGAAGUGCAGAAGGAUAUGAAGAAUCUCUCUUACAAAGUGGUUAGAGCUUCGAAUGGUGAUGCUUGGGUUCAAGGUAGUGACGGUAAAGUGUAUUCACCAAGUCAGAUUGGUGCAUUCGUACUGAUAAAGAUGAAGGAGACAGCGGAGGCCUAUCUGAACACUUCGGUGAAGAAUGCAGUGGUCACAGUGCCUGCAUACUUCAAUGAUUCUCAACGACAGGCUACUAAAGAUGCUGGUCAAAUUGCGGGUUUGAAUGUGUUACGUGUGAUCAACGAGCCGACAGCCGCAGCUCUGGCGUACGGCAUGGACAAGUCUGAUGAUAAAAUUAUCGCGGUAUAUGAUUUGGGAGGUGGUACAUUUGAUAUCUCUGUACUUGAGAUCCAGAAAGGCGUGUUUGAAGUGAAGUCAACCAACGGUGACACUCUACUUGGAGGUGAAGACUUUGACAAUGUCAUUGUCAACUUUUUAGUUGACGAGUUUAAACGUGACCAAGGUCUCGAUAUUCGUAAAGACGCGAUGGCGAUGCAACGUCUUAAAGAGGCAGCGGAGAAAGCAAAGAUUGAGUUGUCCGGUUCCCUGCAGACUGACAUCAACCUGCCGUACCUAACUAUGGAUGCUUCCGGACCUAAACAUAUGAACUUGAAGAUGACUCGAUCCAAGCUGGAAUCACUAGUGGGUGAUCUAAUCAAGCGAACUGUGGCUCCCUGUCAGCGUGCGCUGCAAGACGCUGAGGUCCAGAGAUCUGACAUCGGUGAAGUGCUACUCGUUGGUGGCAUGACAAGGAUGCCAAAGGUUCAACAAACAGUCCAAGAUAUCUUCGGGCGUGCGCCAUCUCGCGCCGUGAACCCUGACGAGGCGGUGGCUGUGGGCGCGGCGGUGCAGGGCGGCGUCCUCGCCGGUGACGUCACUGACAUCCUGCUGCUCGACGUGACUCCACUCUCCCUCGGCAUCGAGACCCUCGGAGGAGUCUUCACAAAGCUCAUCACCAGGAAUACUACUAUACCGACUAAGAAGAGCCAAGUUUUCUCCACCGCUGCCGACGGCCAGACCCAAGUUGAGAUCAAAGUACACCAAGGUGAACGUGAAAUGGCGAGCGACAACAAACUGUUAGGCCAGUUCUCUCUUGUUGGAAUACCGCCCGCACCCCGCGGCGUGCCUCAGAUUGAAGUCACCUUUGAUAUCGACGCUAAUGGCAUCGUACACGUCUCCGCACGCGACAAGGGCACCGGCAAGGAACAGCAGAUCGUGAUCCAAUCAUCGGGAGGUCUAUCAAAGGAUGAGAUUGAGAACAUGGUGAAGGCGGCGGAACAGUUCGCGGCACAGGAUCAGCAGAGACGUGAACGAGUUGAAGUUUGCAAUCAGGCGGAGGGAGUACUUCAUGAUACUGAGACUAAAAUGGACGAAUACAAGGCUCAACUACCACAAGACGAGUGUGACAAGCUACGUGAGGAGAUCACCAAGCUGCGUGAACUUCUCGCCAACAAGGAUGCUGUUGAGCCGGAGGCAAUCCGCACAGCCACCGGUCAGCUGCAGCAGGCCAGCCUCAAGUUGUUCGAGCAGGCUUACAAGAAGAUGGCUGCCGAGCGCGAAGGUCAGCAGCAACAGCAACAGCAGAGCGAGCCCCAAGAAGACAAGAAAGAAGAGAAGAAGAAUUAAGCACAAAACAAGAGGAAUACCGUUAGUUCUUUGUAAAUAGUUUAUUGUUUACUUGUAUGGUUGAAAUACAUUUCCAUACGUACAUACAAUUACACUAAUUUGAACUACCAAUAGCCUAAAGGUUCACAAUCUAAGUGUCAUGGGUUUGAAUAAGAAUGUUACAAACAAUGUACUUCAAUCCUUACUUAAUUUGUAUUUUGUAUUGAAAUUCCUUUUAUUUGCAAUACGAUAAAAAAUACGAUUUACUUAGUUGUUUUUUCUUUCUGCUUGGUCCUUAAGAGUCCUAGCGUGAUAGUGUUUGUAUAACUUUACGAAUUAAUUGGGCUAUUGAAUGCUACAAGAAUUUUUAUAUAUGUUUAGUAUUUUUGGACAUUCGGACGAACAAACUAUAAUUUAACUAUAUUUACGGUUGUUUUCUGAGACCAAUAUCUGUAUGAAACACAUCUAUUUCAUUAUCUUUGAUAAAACAGAUGUAAUGUUUUAAAUAUAUUUUGGUCUCAGAAACUUACUGCUAGUGUGCGUUUGUUUGUAAAGAUACAACCAUACAAGUUUACAAAUUAGUUGAUACCAAAAUAUUAGAAUUUGAUGUAUUGUGCGUUUUUAUGUUUACUUCUCAUUGUAUUUUGUUAAAACAAAUUACAGACGGAGGAAACUUGGCGCCAUAUGUCACCUGUCAAAAUUGACACAAGGCAAAGGCGACGUCGUCGUACAGCCACAACUGUCAGCUGUUUUGACAUUUUUUUUUUAUUUACAUGCAAAAGAAACUUUAUGCCACUCGAUUGCUUUUAUUGAAUUUUAAAUUACAAUAUGAUUUCCAGUGA